AUGGGAAAUCAAACUGAAGUGACUGAAUUUAUUAUCCUGGGACUUUCCAAUGACCCACAGAUGCAGAUUUCCCUCUUUUUGGUGUUUUUAGUUGUCUACCUAAUCACACUUUUGGCAAAUAUGAUGAUCAUGCUAGUGAUAAGGGCUGAUCCUCACCUUCACACCCCAAUGUACUUCUUCCUGUCUCAUUUAUCCUUUGUUGAUAUCUGCUAUUCCACUGUACCUAAGACGUUGGUACAUUUCCUAGAGCACAAAUCUACUUCUGUCAAUAGCUGCAUUGCACAGAUGUUCUUCAUUUUGCAGCUGGUUACUACUGAAAUAUUUAUUCUCUCAGCAGUGGCUUAUGACCACUACGUUGCCAACUGUGACCCAUUGCGUUACAUGGAGAGAAUGAGCAAAGAGAUCUGUGUUCAGCUGGUGAGUGGGGCAUGGACAAUAAGUUUCUUCCAUGCCCUGCUUAACACUGUUUUUACCUUCAAGUUCCAUUUCUGUGGGCCCAAUGAAAUCUGCCAUUUCAGCUGUGAGCUCCCUCCUCUGUUACAACUGGCCUGCACUGAGACCCUCGCCAGUCAAAUGGUGCUUCUUACCUUUAUUCUGAUAUUUGGAUCAAGCUCCUUCCUCCUUACCCUUAUCUCCUACAUUCACAUCAUCUCCACCAUCCUGAGGAUACAGUCUGUGGAGGGCAGGCAUAAAGUCUUCUCCACCUGCAGCUCCCGCCUGAUUGUAUUUGGGUUAUUCUACCUGACAGGUUUUCUCCAGUACACAAAACUCAGCUCGGUCUCCUCUAUGGUUCUGGAUGAAAUGUUCUUCAUCCAGUACAGCAUCAUAACUCCCAUGUUAAAUCCCAUCAUCUACAGCCUGAAAAAUAAGGAGGUGAAAACAGCUAUAGACAAAAUGUUUCAGAAAUUCAAAUUUCUCAAGUAG